AUGAAUAAGGAAGUGUGUAAUAACUUCAUUUAUGUAACGACGAAUUUUCCAGAUAAAUUGAUUGGUGGAGAUUAUAAAAUUGUAAAUGAUGAGCAUUUAAAAAAUUAUUGUACUAGUGGUUGUGAUAAUGCUCUCGAUAAAAUUAAUGCUGGAUGUCUAUAUUUUUUUAAAGAAUUCUUUGGGAGUUCUGAUUUAUUUUCGCAAUAUGCAAAAAAUUAUAUGAAUAUUGUUGAAUACAUUAUGAUAUGGUUAAGUUAUAUGUUAAACCUAAAGAAUGAUGCGCCAGGACUCACCAAUCUAGAACAUUUUUAUAAAAUAUAUAUAGAGGGUGGUAAUAAUUAUAAACAGGCUAUAAAGAAUGUUACGGAAUAUACAAAUUAUAAGGAUCUUAUAGAUACAAAAAAAUAUUAUUUGAAAAUGGAUAAAAAUAUUAUAUCUAAAUUAUAUAAUGCAUUUAAAUUAUUAUGUGAAAUGUAUACUGGAUUUGAUACAGAUAAAUUAAAUUGCACAACAAGCUCAGAAAAAGCUGGUAAAUUUGUUGAAAUAUAUGAAGAACUUAAGAAAGAUUUGAAUAUUACUACAAAUAAUUCAUAUAAUGAUGUAUUGUGUACUUUAUCAGCUGAUUAUGACCAUUUUAAAAACAAAUUUAAAAAUUCUAAAUGUAGUGAUACAUCAUUUCCAGAGAUAAAAAUACCACAAAAUAUUAUAAAAUGUUCUGAACAAAAAUUAAAACAAAUUUCUGAAGAUACAUCAUCAAGUUCGUCGGUAACAAACAAAUUAUUACUAGUUUUAUCGAUAUUUGCUACAAUAGCAAUUUUUUUAGGAAUUGCUUAUAAGUAUUCGUUAUUUGGAUUUCGGAAACGAGUUCAAAAACAAUAUUUAAGAGAAAAAAUAAAAAAUAUAAAGAAGAGAAUGAAUCACUAA